AGAUUCGCUCAGUUGAACCUUUUUUGAGGUCCUUUGAUAACCGAAAAGACAUUGUAAUUUUAUCACUUUCUCCCCGAAGCAAGUGCUCUUCAAAAACAUCAUUCAAGACCGUAGCAUCAGCUCUUCCGUAUUAUUGAGAAAUUCACAAGUCAUUCUCGAAGAUCCUUGAAACAAGAUGAGGAACAGUAUUGCCUUAGCUUUGCUCGCACCCGAAGUUGUGCAAGCUGUGCGUUUAAGCUCUGCUUGUUGUGAGGACAAAGCGCCAGCAGCUGCUGGCGCCUCUUCUCAAGGAACGCCGCGCGCCGGUGGAGGUGCAGCCGGUGGUCCAGGUGCUGGGUUCGCCGCGAUGGCUGGCCAGGUGGCUGCCGCUGUUGGUUCCGGUGGAACUUUCGAUGGAUAUCCGACGACGCAGGUUUUACCUCAAAAGCCUGAGGGCAUGACCAAAGAAAAAUGGCACCUCCACAACUUGGUUGCGAAGAUGAAAACAGCCAAAGCUUUUACCCAACGCGAUAUCCCUGGAGGAGCGGCUCAUGCUCUGUCUAAGGUAUUUUUGAAUCACAGCCGAUAUACAACCGAAGUUCAUCGCAAAGGCUCCUGCAUAUCAACAUGUCCCAUCCUGUUUGAAGAGUGGCGCUAAGCUCCAGGUAGCUGUGAACUCUGUUCUCAUCUCUAUGGUGAGGGCAAAGAACUCGCUGCUUUCUCUCUCGGUUAUUCAAAGGAUAUCCUGGCUAUCUUUGUUUUAGUUCUCUGCGCAGGUUUUUUUAGGUCAACACUAGGUAGUUUCCUAGGGAUGCUAGAGACCAAGAAGAUCCAGUAAUGUCUAGUGUGUGAAGAAACAUGUGAAAGUGGGGUACGGAAAAAUAGCCGGUUAGUUUUCCCUCAUAUUUAUCCUAGGUUAGCCCCUCAAAUUAACAAAAGAUGCACUAGCUGCAGUUAUAAAUGCAAUCCUGUUGUCGUACAACGAACAACCACCCCGAACAUUACAGGGGACGAAGGGUGAUGGGCCUCACUGGCUGCAUUUGGCGUUUCCGGCUCCCUAUCCGUGGAAGCGUGAAGAUGCAGCCAAGUCUGCGGUACACGAAAGCACUUGCGGCGAGCUGUUCAAACGAUUGAGCCCUGAAGACAUUGCGAGCUGGGUGGGGAUUCUGGACAUGACGAUUAAAGUUCUCAAAGCCAAGAACGGUGAGCCGAACGAACACCACACCACGAAGCCAAAGCAUAUGUGCCCUUUCGACAUGCCUAACGACGUAAAGAGAAUUCAUACGUCCACCAACUUUUGGACUCGGGUGUGCGCUGCGGAAGAAAUGGACCCAAACAUCAGAAACGAUAUGAUGCGGAUCGCCAUGUACAGAUGGGUUUGAUCGGGGUGUUCCGAUAGGAUUGGUUAGGGUGUGAUUGGAAUUUUAGUGGUGGUUGCGGAUAUCAUGUCUUCUAUGUGAGAUUGCUUUUCUUGGCCCAUCGGGUAGGGGGAGACAGACUCAUGUACGAUGGCGAUGAUAUGUUGAGGAGUUGUGGAGAGUGGGUAUCAUGAAAAGGAGGAGGGGAUGCUGUUGGAGGCGUCGGACGCGGAGUGUAGGAAGGAAAGGGGAAAUUAUCGCUUGCGUCGGAUGUGGAAUGUACAAUGGGACGGAAGAGAGCAGAGGAGCGCAAGGUGGAUGGAGAAACACGUUUAUCACACGAAUGGGGUGGAGAUGACUUUUCUCGGAGCCUAGGAGAGGGAAUAAAAAGGUUGUGAUUAUGAUUUUUCAAAGAUGUUGAUGUUGUAACAAAGGUGGAUAUAGAUAGUUCUAGUAAGUUCUUGGGUAUCACAAAGCACCAAAUCGAAUGUGAAAAGAGCACGCAAUGUAUUUAUGGCAUGGAGAACUAGCACUUUUCACUAGAAUCUUCAACAAGAAAGCAUGCGAAUGAUAAUUACACCAUACUUACUAGAGCACUGAUCAUGAUUACUAGAGCACUGAUUAUGAUUACUAGAGCACUGAUCAUGAUUACUAGAGCACUGAUCAUGAUUACUAGAGCACUUAGUAGAGAUGAUGAUGCUAGUAAUUGUAGAGAAAGCGAUAAUAAUGUUCUUGUUCGUGAUCUAAAAAUAUGUAGUAGAUACUAACUUGACUAUCUAUAUAGAUGUGUUUUUUUCUGUGAAUCGAUUCUACUAGGCAUUCUACUCGAUAGAGAUUUGAAAGUUUGAGACAACUUCUGCACGAUUUAUAGCAGUGAAAGACUCUCACGAAUCUGUUGGACUAGUAUCUGAGAUUACAUAGGUACAAUGUUGAAUAGCGAAAAUGUAGAGCAGGCAAUUAUCUGAAUGCACACUUAUGAUGCUUAUGGAGUUUUUAUGGAAUUAUGUCGAUGUCCCUGUCCGAUGACCCAUUUCAAAAAUGUGAACUGAAAGGAAAUAUACGUAGGAGGUCGCUGCGCGUUUUGCUUAGACUUACACACAUGCCGUCGUUUUUCCUGAUUCCGACAACAAGCAGCAG